AUGAGUCAUGCACUCCUAAGAGAGGUGCUGACAAGUGAUCUCCCAAAGAAAGGAGCGGCACCUAGGUCUGGAAAUACGACUUCUGCGAGCGGAGGAGCCAUGCCUUUCCUCCAUGGGUUUCGAAGGAUAAUUUAUGAGUAUCAGCCGCUGGUAAACGCCGUCAUGCUUGUCGUAGGACUGGAGGAAGAACAGGACAGUAGCCAGAACAGAAUUUCUGAAGAUGAGUCUGCUCGGUGUAGCUCUUUAGUGGAGCUUCUGGAGCGAGAGUCCCAAGCAGAAGUUUUUUUGGAAGGCAUCAGCUACGCCCUGUUUAAAGUGGCCGAGCGGGGACUGGUGUGUGCAGCUGAGACCCUCCUGCAAUAUGGGGCUGAUGUCAACUUUGAGGACCCAGUGUCCUACUACAACCCCCUGCACAUAGCUGUGCUGAGGAACAGGCCAAACAUGGUGAGGCUGCUGGCUGGGCAUGGAGCAGACAUCGAGAAAAGGGACAGGAUUCACGAGAGCAGCCCGUUGGACCUGGCCAGCGAGGAGUCGGAGAGACUGCCCUGUUUGCUCACCUUGCUAGAUCUUGGUGCAGAUGUGAACGCCAGGGACAAGCAUGGGAAGACGCCUUUGCUCCACGCAUUAGCAAGCAGCGACGGACUCACCGUGCACAACACGGGGAACAUCCAGCUUCUGCUUGAGAGAGGUGCGGACGUUAACGCUGCGACUGUAGAGGGAGAGACGGUGGAGUCCUCCCUGGUGUUUCUGGUGAAAGAGGCUCUGGAGGCCAAUGCGGAGGACGCCGCUCAGAUCGGGGACUUCUGUGUGAAAACCACCCAGCUACUGCUGGCUCACGGAGUGGACCCCAGCUGCUGCCUGAAUGAGGACGGAGAGGCCUCCCUGACGCAGACCAGCCUGGAGAAAUUCGACCUGCUCUUCCCUCUGGCCGUGCUCUUAAUCCAGAGCGGCGCCUCUUUGGUUUGCUCCUAUCACAGUGACUCCUGUUGGUCGGGCUACAGCCUCCUUUUCCAGAGGCUCCAAACAUCCCUCCAGCAGUGCUCUGAUCAAAGUCACGCCUCUGAGCUCUUGGAGCAAGCAGAGGUGUUGUUGGACUUAGCAAGAGUAAAUGUCCCCACUCUGCAUCUCCCUCCUGGACUGGAGCUUCCUGUGCCUGGGCAGGACUCGCACCCCUAUGCCCAGGCUCUGCUGGACCUGCACAACCGCACAGUGGAGCGGGAAGCGAGCCCACCGCCCCUGCGCUUCCUCUGUAGGGCUUUCAUAAGGAGCUUCCUACAGCCCUGGCCACUGGAAGGCCGAGUCAAAGCCUUACCUCUGCCAGACAGACUGAAAGACUUUCUUCUUGCUGAGCACGCAUACACCCCAAAGCCAGGCUGGGGCCGCUUCAAGCCCCAACAGAGCCAGCACUAAUGUUAGCCGACCGGUUUUUUCUGGCCUCCAGUCUUACCUGUUGCAAUUAGCAUUUAAUGCCAAGUAUUUUCUUCAUCAAUUUUGCUACGUGUAACAUGCCAACGAGGCCUUUGUUCUUUUCGUUUUUCUUCCGUCUGUCUGUGCCAGCUUUACAUACAAAUGUAUAUAUGUCUUCUUUGAGAUACAAAGCUGUAUUUGUACUGAUUAGUCUUCGUGACCAGCGUUUUCUUUGUCAGGAACGUCCUUGUGAAGGACGAGCGGCAUAAGAGAGUGCGGUGCAAUGUUCAGCCUCCAGAUGGCAGUGUUGCACCUGCACAUAAAAACAACCUCAUACUUUAGGGUUAAAGAUUUAGUUUUGCACAGUGAGGCCCAUUAAAGGCGAUCCAGCAGAGUAGGGCCCAUCAAUAUUUUAUCAUUUCAGUGUGUUGUUGGUGUAUUUUGGAUUUUGUGUAUGUGGAAGAAUAAAAACUGUUCCUUCAGCGCUGGGCUGUCGAGCCGUCACAUAUGACUGAGUGGGACACUGGGUUAUGACUUUCAGUAUGUUUAUUUGUCCAUGCAGUGGCAGUGCCGCUCUGGGUAAGAGUUCC